UAAAGCAGACCGCGGGUGGAGCGUGAACUACAGCAUUCACAUCCUGGAUUUAGGAGCCGAUCUCAGACUCCGGUGAAUCUUUCAGGAGAAGAUUCAAAGAAGCUGCUUCACUGAACUGUGUGGAAACAAGGAGCAGGUCAUUAUGCACAGGCAGACAGUUUACCGUCAGUGAGGUGACGUGGUUGGGGAUGAGACGUCUGCUCAGCCUGCUCGUUAAACUUCCCGGGAUGUGGCGGACGGAGCCUCCGCUGAAGUUUAAACCCACGUCUCCUCUUGUGCUGUGCUCCUCGUCUCUGCAGGCAGACAGCACCUGCAACGGGACCCACGGUAAGAAGCCGCUGCUGUCGGACCCGCAGCUGUUCGAGGCCCAGUUCGAUGAGCUGGUGACGGAGGUGACAGAGAGGGACCUCACCGACCCGGUGCUGGCUGAUGCUCUGAACAGGAUGAGAGAGGUUUUGCUGUACAAUGCCCCUGGAGGCAAGAGGAACCGAGGCCUGUCUGUGAUUGGCUCACUCAGGGAGCUUCUCCCACCCUCUAAGCUCACCCAGGACAACGUGCAGCGGGCUCUGGUAGUUGGCUGGUGCAUUGAGUUGCUUCAGGCAUUUUUCCUCAUGUCAGAUGAUAUCAUGGAUUCAUCUGUGACUAGGAGAGGACAACCCUGCUGGUACAAGAAGGAUGGUAUAGGUUUGGAUGCCAUCAAUGAUGCGUUUCUCAUGGAAGGAUUGAUCUACAGGCUACUUCGCAGACACUGCAGGGAUCAGCCGUACUAUGUCCACCUGCUGGAGCUAUUUACUGAGACAAGUUUUCAGACAGAGCUUGGCCAGGCUUUGGACCUCAUGACAGCCCCCCCUGGUCAGAUUGACCUCAACAGGUUCACCACGGAGAGGUACAAAGCUAUUGUAAAAUACAAGACUGCUUUCUACUCUUUUUAUCUCCCAGUGGCAGCUGCAAUGUACAUGGCAGGAAUCACCAGUGAUGAGGAACACAAUAAUGCCAAAUACAUCUUACUUGAGAUGGGAGAAUUUUUCCAAAUACAGGACGACUACCUGGACUGUUAUGGUGACCCUGCUGUUACAGGAAAGAUUGGUACAGACAUUCAGGAUAACAAGUGCAGCUGGCUGGUUGUGACGGCCCUGGAAAUCAUGACGGCUGAACAGAGAGCAGAGCUGGCGAAAUGUUACGCUCGUCACGAUGAAGCCAGCAUAGAGAAGGUCAAAGCAUUGUACAACACCCUGCAAAUGCCAACACUGUACCACCAAUACGAAACCGAGAGCUACCAGCGGCUUCAGAAGCUCAUCGCUCGUCACGCUCAAAACCUCCCUCACCCGAUCUUCCUCAACUUUGCCAACAAAAUCUACAAGAGGGUCAAGUGAUGAGGAACGAUGAUCUGAGGUGUUGGGUGCAUCAGCCCGGUUCCUUUUCAACCUCCAUCAUGAUGCAAGUUUUAUCUCCUGUCCCUUUUUAAAGAGGUUUUACCAGGGACAGACCUACUUGUUCAACAUGAACCCAAAAUCGCAUGUGAUAUUUUCUAAAUCUUGGAGGCACUUUUAUGAACUUUUCAGACAUUUGUAGAUAUUUGGAUGUAAUUGUCAUCAAACAGCCAUUUUCUUCUGUUCUAUUUAUUGAACCUAGUGCAUUAUGUACAGUGUAACCAGUCAUUUAUAUCAUUUUAGGGUGGAUUAAUAAAGCUUUCAUAUUGAUCUGCCUUAAGGAACGCACAGCAAGAAGAUGGAUAUCACACAAUAAUGUGGGUAAUAGUUUGGUUUUGGAAGCAUGGGUUUAUUUAUUGAUAAUAAACUAAACGACAGUACAUGUAUCUGUAUGACAUUAGAUGACUACUGAGGAGAGCGGGUCAUGCUGCCGUAAUUCCAUAUAUUUUUAAUAAAUAAAACAUAUACAUACAG